AUGCCGACGCCAGAUACAAUUAAAACUCUACCAAAGCUGGGGCUUCACCAACGCUGGAAACUCGUCCAACAACUGCAACAACAUUUUUGGGAACGUUGGCAGCAGGAAUACUUGCAUACUAUCCAAACCAAAUCCAAAUGGAACAAAAUUGAAACCAGCCUGGCUCCAGGGGAUCUUGUGCUUAUUAAGGAACCAACUCCGCCCCUCACAUGGAGAACUGCACGAGUGGUAGAAGUCUUCCCAGGAGAAGAUAAAAUAGUUCGAGUUGCCAACGUCCGGACCGCAGAGGGAAAAAUUGUAAAACGUCCCGCGGUGAAACUAUGUCGCUUGCCAUUAACUUUUGAAGGUAACUAG